GGGGCGGGUAGGUCGUGGCUUCCGGCGCAAGGCCGGGCGUUCGCUCAGUUCAGGCCGAAUGGCGGCCCCGCUGCUUCACACGCGCUUGUCGGGCGAUGUGACGGCAGCGGCCUCUGCCACGCUGAGUGCGUCGCGGACUGGGCUUUCCGAUAUGCUCGCGUUAGAGAGCGAUUUCUUCAAUUCUCCUCCGAAAAAAACUGUUCGGUUUGGCGGAACUGUGACAGAAGUCUUACUGAAAUACAAAAAGGGUGAAACAAAUGACUUAGAGUUGUUGAAGAACCAGCUGUCUGAUCCUGAUAUAAAGGAUGACCAGAUCAUUAACUGGCUACUAGAAUUUCGUUCCUCUGUCAUGUACUUGACAAAAGACUUUGAGCAACUUAUAAACAUCAUAUUGAGAUUGCCCUGGUUGAAUAGAAGUCAGAGAGUGGUGGAGGAGUAUUUGGCUUUUCUUGGUAAUCUUGUGUCUGCACAGACUGUCUUCCUUAGACCAUGUCUCAGCAUGAUUGCGUCUCAUUUUGUACCUCCCCGAGUAAUUGUCAAGGAAGGUGGCAUAGAUGUUUCAGAUUCUGAUGACGAAGAUGACAAUCUUCCUGCAAUUUUUGACACAUGUCACAGAGCCUUGCAAAUAAUAACAAGAUAUGUCCCAUCGACACCAUGGUUUCUAAUGCCAAUACUGGUGGAGAAAUUCCCGUUUGUGAGGAAGUCCGAGAGAACAUUGGAAUGUUAUGUUCAUAACUUAUUAAGGAUAAGUUUAUAUUUCCCAACUUUGAGGCGUGAAAUUCUGGAGCUUGUUAUUGAAAAGCUACUCAAGUUAGAUGUGAGUGUAUCGCGGCAGGAUAUUGAAGAUGCUGAAGAGAAAGCAGCUCAGACUUGUGGUGGGACAGAUACCACAGAAGGACUGUUUAAUAUGGAUGAAGAUGAGGACACUGACCCUGAGAAGAAAGCUGACCAGGAGCAGCCUAACCAGAUGGCUCAUCCCACCGCAGAGCGCCUGGACGUCCUGCUGUGCUUGCUGCUGUCCUACAUUGAGGAUGUCUGCCGUGUGCACGGUAAAAUUGAUAACAAUAAAACAAAGGAUUUAUACCGUGAUCUGAUAUCCAUCUUUGACAAACUUCUGUUGCCCACACAUGCCUCCUGCCAUGUACAGUUCUUCAUGUUUUUCCUCUGCAGCUUCAAGUUGGGAUUUGCAGAAGCAUUUUUGGAACAUCUCUGGAAAAAGUUGCAGGAUCCAAAUAACCCCGCCAUCAUCAGGCAGGCUGCUGCAAAUUAUAUUGGGAGCUUUUUGGCCAGAGCUAAAUUUAUUCCUCUUAUCACUGUGAAGACAUGCCUGGAUCUCUUGGUUAACUGGCUGCACAUGUACCUUACUAACCAGGAUUCGGGAACAAAGGCUUUUUGUGACGUUGCACUCCAUGGACCAUUUUAUUCAGCCUGCCAAGCUGUGUUCUACACUGUUGUUUUUAGACACAAGCAGCUUUUGAGUGGAAACUUGAAGCAAGGUCUACAGUAUCUUCAGAGUCUAAAUUUUGAGCGCAUUGUGUUGAGCCAGCUGAACCCACUGAAGAUCUGCCUGCCGCAAGUGGUUAAUUUCUUUGCUGCUAUCACAAAUAAAUACCAGCUGGUGUUCUGCUACACCAUCAUGGAGAGGAACAGUCGCCAGAUGCUCCCCGUUAUCCGCAGCACCGCUGGUGGAGACUCCGUGCAGACCUGCACCAACCCACUGGACACUUUCUUCCCCUUUGACCCUUGUGUGCUUAAGAGGUCAAAGAAGUUCAUUGAUCCUAUUUAUCAGAUUUGGGAAGAUGGGAGUGCUGAAGAGCUUCAGGAGUUUAAGAAAUCUACUAAAAAGGAGGUAGUGGAGGAUGAAGAUGAUGACUUUUUGAAAGGCGAGGUGCCCCAGAGUGACACAGUGACUGGCCUUACUCCGAGCUCCUUUGAUACCCACUUCCAAAGUCCUUCCAGUAGUGUGGGCUCCCCUCCUGUGCUGUAUAUACCAGGCCAGUCUCCACUCCUCACAAGGAUCUAUGAUUGAGCUGCGCAAUUCUUCCCAGGGCCCUGUGACCCUGUGUUCCACCCCGACCCCACACUGGACUAGUCUAUGCCUCAUGUGUCCAGCUUCCAUGUUGGACUUCGACCAGCAUCUGAAGGGAACCAGGUUGUGUGUGCUUGCAGUUUGCUCCCUGUUGACAUAGGGAAAAACUGAGUGUCAUAGGCAGUAUUUCACAGUGGACAUUUCACAGUAUUUCACAGUCUUGCCUGUGGCCUGCUGGCUGCAUGCUGUAUCAGCCACAACCUGGCAAGUGGCCUUCUGACAGGUUUCUUUUUAUUAGAACCACAGUUUUGACUUUGUUUUGGUAAGCUGUCCUCCAGGAUCAGCACUGCCUGUGAAUACUUUGAACUGUCUCCUGCUUACAGGGGUGUAAUGGUUUCCUUUGACUAGAAGUCUAUUUGUGUUGUGGGGUGCGUGGGGAGAGCCAAGCAGGCAAAGCUGAACAUUUGGGCUUCACUGAGGGACACCAAGGGCUGCAGAGGAGUCAGGCGGGAAGAGAGGAGUCGGAGAAGCACACAAGGUCCUUGUGCAGGAGUCCCCAGAGACCUAGCUGCAGCUCAGGCCGACUGAAGCAGGCCUGGGGGUCUGUCGAGCAUUCCACAGCCUGCACAACACGGACUCAGCCAGGAGAGCUGUUUUUUUUUUUUUUUUUUUUGGUUUCUUGAGACAGGGUUUCUCUGUUUAGCUCUGGCUGUAGACCAGCUGGCCUCAAACUCAGAAAUCCGCCUGUCUCUGCCUCCCGAGCACUGGGAUUAAAGGUGUGCACCACCACUGUCUGGCUCAGGAAAGCUGUUUUUACACUGAACAGCCAGCCUUGCUCUGUAGCAGGUGUGCUCGAGGACUGUGGACGUUGACUUCCCUUGGAUCCUUACAUGUAAACUUGCGUGUUUGUGAAAAUGGCCCUUUAAGUAUAUUUAAUUUUUUGCCACAUAUUUAUUUAAAGGCGAGCAAUAUUUUCUUGGUCACAAUAUUUUUUAGUGGAAUUCCUCUCAAGGUUUUUAUACUCCUGUGUAAUAAGACUGAUGCAGAGCCCUGAAUUUCAUUCUGUCUAUGAAUACCUUUUUGAACAAAGAAAAUUUUAUUGAUUUAAAAAGCUUUUAUAUGAGACAGACAAGUCCCUGAGUUCCAGGCCAGCCUUGGUGGCAAGUCACUAGGAAACUUCAAGGUCUGUCUCAUCUUUAUUUUACUGUGUGCCCCUGGCUGUCCUGGAAAUCACUAUAUUGCUCAGGCUGGCUUCGGACUCAGAGAUCUAUCUGCUUGCCUCCAACAUUUGAGAGCAGAGAGUUUGCACCACCACUUCCCGGUUCAAGGUUCUUUUAACUGCUAACUGAAAAUGGAAUGAAAUUGCAUCCAUAGAUACUGAUGGGAUGCCAGGCUUGGAAAGUAGCUAGAAUGUAGAAGGUAUGUUGACAAAUAAGCCUCUUAGGUUACAAAGGAGUUUGGGGGGAAAAAAAUAUCCAUUGUGAAAAUGAAAGUACAGCCUAGCUCACCUGGGGCCUCCCUGCUCACACCAAUGCAGGUUUCAAUAAAGACUCAGCCAUGCUUCCGUGA